AUGGGCAUUCAGCCCUAUGGUACGGGCCUCAUGGACACAAUAUGGCUUGUCUUACUAGCCAUUCCCCUUUUCUUCUUCCUUCUUCAGAUCCUCUUCACUCUAGCAAUCUGGAGAGCCGCCAGGUUUGACCCGCCAGACUACGAAGAACCGGAAAAGACCCGACGCCCAACACCUCCCCCACUUAGAGAUGAGACCAGAAUGUACGGCUAUUACGAGCACGAACCCACUGUGGGUGACUGGUUUCGAGGUCAUACACCCACCGCUCCUCAAAUUCGUCGUUACAUCUGGAGCCUAUUCCCUUUUCUCCAUUGGAUCUGGUAUUACAACGUGCAAUGGCUGAUUGGGGAUCUCGUGGCAGGAAUCACUGUUGGCGCCGUGGUCAUUCCACAGGGUAUGGCAUACGCUGAACUAGCCAAGCUGCCUCCGGAAUACGGCCUGUACUCGUCAUUCAUGGGGGUCCUGAUUUAUUGGUUCUUUGCGACGUCCAAGGACAUCACUAUAGGUCCUGUUGCGGUCAUGUCUACGCUCAUGGGUUCAAUCAUUAUCAGGGUUCAAGCCGUUCAUCCCGAAAUACCUCCGCCGGUCCUUGCUUCCGCUCUGGCAAUCAUUUGCGGUGCAAUCGUAUUGUUCCUCGGGUUGCUUCGUCUUGGUUUCAUCGUCGACUUUAUCCCUCUUCCUGCUAUCUCUGCUUUCAUGACUGGGUCCGCGAUCAAUGUUUGUGCUGGCCAAGUGAAAACGGUUCUCGGAGAGAAAGCUCAUUUCUCAACCCGUGGGGCAACCUACAAGAUCAUCAUUGAUACGCUAAAGCAUAUUCCAUCCACUCGGAUGGACGCUGCUAUGGGCCUCACAGCAUUGGCGAUGCUAUAUGGCAUACGGUCUGCUUGCAACUAUGGAACGAGGAAGAAGCCCCACAAGGCUAAACUGUUUUUCUUUUUGUCCACAUUGCGCACUGCCUUUGUCGUUCUUUUCUACACGAUGAUCAGCGCUGCGGUUAACCUCCAUCAACGCAAUCACCCUGCGUUCAAGCUACUCGGCAAUGUUCCUCGGGGGUUCAAGGCCGCAGGAGUCCCCAAAAUAGAUGUUCCAAUCAUCAAGGCAUUUCUUAGUGAGCUCCCUGCCGCUGUGAUUGUUUUGUUGAUUGAGCACAUUGCUAUCUCGAAAUCAUUCGGUCGUGUCAACAAUUAUACCAUCGACCCAUCGCAGGAGUUUAUUGCGAUCGGCAUAUCAAACCUACUAGGUCCGUUCUUGGGUGCAUACCCAGCUACAGGCUCAUUCUCGCGAACUGCUAUCAAAGCAAAGUGCGGCGUACGGACUCCUCUAGCAGGUGUGAUCACUGCCGUUGUCGUCCUUCUUGCCAUAUAUGCGCUGCCAGCGCUAUUCUUCUUCAUUCCCAAAUCGUCCCUGUCAGCUGUGAUCAUCCACGCAGUGGGUGAUCUUGUUACACCACCUCAUAUCACCUAUCGAUUCUGGCGUGUAUCUCCAAUUGACGCACUCAUCUUCUUCAUGGGCGUUAUCGUGAUCAUAUUCUCAACCAUCGAGACCGGAAUCUACUGCACAAUCGGCGUAUCACUAGCAGUGCUCCUCUUCCGACUCGCCAAAGCCCGAGGCCAGUUCCUCGGCUACAUCCAGGUUCAUUCAGUCGUGGGUGAUCAUAUCCUCAACUCACCCCAGGAAGACCCAAAUACAGAAUUCGACGAUGAUGCCGAGAGAUCCCGAAGAAUCUACCUCCCAACCGAACAUGAAGGUGGCACAAAUCCCCGAGUCAAGAUCCACCAGCCAGCCCCAGGAAUAUUCAUUUACAGAGUCUCCGAGGGAUUCAACUACCCCAAUGCAAACCACUACACAGACCACCUAGUAAGCCACAUCUUCAAAGAAACCCGACGCACAAAUCCACAAGCAUGGGAAACAACAGGGGACAGACCCUGGAACGACCCGGGUCCAACCCGCGCCGAACGCAAAAUCCUCAUGGCAGAGGAAGCACCCACUUCCCCACUCCCAACUCUCCGCGCCAUAAUCCUCGAUUUCGCCACCGUCAACAACGUAGACGUGACAUCCGUGCAGAACCUCAUCGAUGUCCGUAAUCAACUAGACCGCUGGGCAUCCCCAGAUACCGCGCAGUGGCACUUUGCGAAUAUCCACAACCGAUGGACGAAGCGUGCUCUCUCAGCGGCUGGGUUCGGGUUCCCCGUCGUCUCAGACGGAUCAGGUCCUCGAUGGCAGAGGUCCAUCUUUAACGUUGCGGAGAUCUUGGAUGGCAGUCUACACGGUUCAGUGGCCCAAUCUCAGAUCGGAGAGUCGGAGGACUGGUCGAAGGAUGUGGAGGCCGGCCUUAAGGUUCAGCAGAGCAGUGCGUCCUCGUCGGUUAUGGGUGUCUCCGAGGAUGAUAUCCAGGUUGUGCGGACUGAUCAGAGGGAGGCGAAGGUUAACACUCAUCGUCGCCUCGGUCGAUCUGGUGUUGGUACUGGUAUGGCUGCUGUUGAUGGAAUUAAUCGGCCUUUCUUCCAUGUGGAUUUGACUAGUGCUCUGAAGAGUGCUAUGGCUGAUUUGUAG